AUGCUUGAACUAGUGCCAGCUCAGUGCCAAAUCACCACUGCUCGAGCUCCUCGGCGUCUCCAGAAGCCUCAAAACCUUGUGCCCGUGUGCCCGUGUGCCCGUGUGCCCUUGACAGCCAUCUCAGGUGAUUCAGUCCCAGCGCACGCGUCCAGCGCCGCCCAAGACGGCCCUUUAGUAGAAUGGUCUCGGGAUCUUAACGAGAUAUGGACAUUUGGAUGGAAGACGCAUUUCACAACCUACCUGACCUCUGCCCUUGCCGCGCGCGGUACAGAAGGCAUUCCUACAAUCUACGCCCGCAACCAUGACGAUCAAACAUUGGUUCCUGCCAAGCGACGCCGGGACAAGACCCUAAAAGUGUCGGUCACUGGUAGCACCGGCCAACAUGGGGGUGUGAAGAUUAAACAAGCGGAAAAGGAAACCUGGAACGCAGCAGCUCGGCAGGCCACCAACGCCAUGGUGCAGCCAGCGUCACGAUUGUCAAUCGCCCCCACCAAAGCAGAAAAACCAGCAGCCAGGACAUGGCAGAGCACAUCACCGCGAGACUCCCGCCAGGUCCGGACUGUGUUCACAUGUAUGCGGAUGGCAGUUACUCCUCCGAGGUAG